UCAGCCGCAGUUCUCCAGACGGACACCAGACGUCAGCAGAAGCUGCCUUUUUCCAGUUUCCUUCCCUUUUUCCGGAAGUUGAAGUGAAACUGCUGCCGCUUGACUGACUUCUCCUUAAUCUCACCGUACGAAACAAGUCUUUAGGAUGUCAGCUGUUAAGAUGACCGAGGGGAGCGUGCGGGUGGACUCCUGCAACGCUUCUCUUUUCUACAGACAGAGUGAACCUGCCACAGGAGACCCAAAGAUGUCAGUUCUUCUUCUUCACGGCAUUCGUUUCUCUUCACAAAACUGGCUCAGCAUCGGCACUCUGGAGACUCUGGCCAAAGUUGGAUGCCGUGCGAUCGCCAUCGACCUGCCAGAACUUGGUCAGUCCAAGUCUGCCAAGGCGCCGGCACCAGUGGGGGAACUGGGCCCUGCCGGUUUUCUGAAGGAGGUGUGUGAACAGCUGAGCCUGACUCCAGUGGUGGUGAUCAGCCCGUCACUCAGUGGGAUGUACUCCCUCCCCUUCCUGCUGCAGCAUCAGUCUCUCAUUCGGGCCUACGUCCCCGUCGCUCCCAUCUGCACUGAAAAGUUCACAGCAGAACAGUACCAGGGUGUAAAGGUCCCAACGCUGAUCGUCUAUGGGGACCAGGACACACAGCUUGGGGAGCUAUCGCUCCAUAACCUGAGCAAUCUGCCCAAUCACAGAGUGGUGGUGAUGAAAGGAGCGGGUCACCCUUGUUACCUGGAUGACCCGAACACCUGGCACAAAGCUCUCACGGACUUCCUGAGUACACUGUGAUGCUCCAAAUGCGAAAAGAUAUGCUUAACAGAAAAAUGACUCAGUGGAACCAAUCAAAUAUGACGUUUAGACCAAAAAAUCAUCCUGCACACUGUGAUCCUCACUGAUUAUUGAAGCCUGCAAAACGGCAAAAAAGUAGACUUUUUCUUCAAGAACUUGCAAAUUGAUCAUUUUUUUGCUUUCCUGCUCAAAGUUUCCUGAUUUUAGCGCUUUUGUUGGGCCACAAAUCAAACAAAAGACAAAAAUAUCUAAAAAAAAUGGCGUUAGAAUAUUUACCAUAAGCAACUUUGAAUCAGUUUUCAGUUUCUAACUUCUUCUGCUGACAAUACUGACACCUUGUGGAUGAUACUGAUCACUGCAAGCAGCUAAACUGCCUUCAUACACAUCUUGCACAUUAGAAAACUGUAAGGAUUUUGUCAGUCAGCUUCUGUGAAGAUAAAUACAAUUUAAAAAUUACAUUCAUUUGUAAGAAUUACUUAAGUUUCCAGGUAAACAUGGAAACGGUUUAACUAGAAUUAUUUUUUAAUAAGCUAAAACAUCAGAAAUAUUUUUUUAUUGUUACAUUGUGCAUUUUGACCAACUAUCUAACCUUAAUUACCUUAAUUGGCAAUGCAGCCAAAAAGAUUUGGGAGUGUUUGAAUGAACGUUAAACAUUAAUAACUAAUUAAUUAUCAAUAAUAAAAUACCCAAAAAUAUUUUUCAUAUAUCUCACUGUAAAAUAAUCCCAAACUGAAUAAAAACACCACACACGUGAAUGAAGUGAAAAAUAUGAACAUUAUUUAAUAACUGAUUCUCUGUAAUAAACAAUUUGAAAAUAUUUUACAAGGAGUCACAGACACAAUAUUUUACAAAUUUUGCCCUCUUCUUUUUUUUUCUUUUAAGCUUCAUCUGUACAAAAGAAUGGAGCGACAUGGACCAGCGCCCAAAAAAAAAAAAAAAAGAAGGAGCUAAAUCCUCCACGCAGAUGGACAUUCACACCCACGCACGCACGAGAAGUAAAGCAAAAAAAUAAAAAUAAAACAAAAAACACUUCGACAUCAGAUUCAGAUCUCAUACUUAUCAACAGUGCUGUAAUCCUAUAUAUUUUUUGAAACGUCAUUUUGAGUUCAACUGGUUUUAUGCUUUUUUUCUCUAAACGUUGCAGGUUUUUUUUCCACACACAUGGUCACAUAGCACCAGACUACAGACUACAGAAUCACAUACGCACGUCUUUCCCACAGAGACACAGAUUAAGCGAGGGUCAGGAGGAAGUCCUCUUCACUUAUUUCUAAGUGACUCCUCCCUCUCAUUCCCAAGCUGGUCCAAUUUUACAUAUUUUACCAUUUUUUUUCUCCUUUCUGUUGUUUUUGGCAAAAGUAAAUCUGUCAAACCAGAGAAAUCAGCCGUCGCUGUACGGUGCUGCUCUGUGGAGACCCACUCCCUGAGCUUACCUCUAAAAUCUCAGAAACCACCAGUGAAGCGACGUUCCGGUCUGGUGUUCCACUUCUCCCUAUGAGUGUAAAAUAAGUGCCGUAACACGUUUGUUUACGUGUGUGUGUGUGUGUGCAUAAAGUCCUACUGCAGGUGCGCAAAGUGUAGCGUUACAUAUUUUAGUGCUUGACCGUACAGAUCCCGGAAAAGAGAGGAAGUUGCAGGGAGUUACAUUUCCACAGGCACGUGUAGCGUUCAUUUACAGACAGUGGAAAAGGGUAAGUACAGUCUGAAAAUGAUAACAGUAAUGGCACGGGACAGAAACAAACAGAUGCCAGAAAAGCACAACUGCAUCAAAAGAGCCAAAUUAGAAAAAAAUAAAAUAAAAACAUCGUAACAGUCUUUUACUUCAUUUUUUUUGUUUUCUCAGGUUUCAACAAGACCUGAGUUGCAGUUACUGUGCCAGCACGAUUAGUCACAUUGACUGUACAGAGUGUGGUUUAAGGUUGAAGCUGUUUGCGAGCCAUUCCCACCUGAGCUGUACAGUGAGCUUUAAGUGAACACCAAAGGUCAGAGGCUUUUAAAAAUUGGAAAAUUCCCACCUGCUCUCAAGCAUUUAAUCAAACAGGCAUCAAUCAUGGACUGCCCUCAGAAUGGGGUAAAAAAAAAUCAGAGUGCACUGUUUUUUGUUUUGUUUUACUGCAUAACACCAAGAAAAAGUCAGCAGAGGGAGAAUUUUUGAGUGACAAAGGGCAUACACGUGUGGGAAAGUAUCAGAGCUCUGCGUCCAAGAACACUAAGGCAUUUAAAGAGGCUUUGAGAGCUGUUAAAACAGAAAAACACUGACACAUUCUUCCACCUUUCCUCCUCUUACAACAACAUUUAAGCAGAUUCAAAAAUAAACGGACCUUUUUCUUUAACUCUCAUCCCUUCUUACUCAACCACAAACACUGAUUUUUGUCUGUUGUGACACAGAAAACAUGAAAAUUAAAAAACAGCCAAGCACACGUUCCCUCUGAGGGUUUUUAAUCACACACAUCCACACGCAAUUUACUCACAAACCAGGCAGAACAAUAGCAGUCAGGUGGCCCUAAAAAACACUCCACGACCGGUUAAGUUGCUGUAUACUGAUGGUGUAUCAUAGCUCUAUACAUGGUUUUGUAAAGGAACGGUAUAGGAACUCUAUAUAGGAGGGCCUGUUUGGAUGCCAUAGGGACAUACAUUAAACUGAGGCAGUUGAUAUGGUAGCUCUGCAUGGAGCCCUUUCACUCUACUAUAGCAUCAUCGACAUAUAAAGUAACAUGUCUGGUAUUACGUACCAGUGGUCAAAUUUUCACCUACACAUUGACCAGAAAGUAGCUUUUAAUUAGCAGACACAAAAACACCGUCUGUCUGGCCUCCAAGAAAGAAAAACAAGUGUACGACGUGCAACUGACCAAAGAAGCCAUAACAUCUUUGCUCAAGGCCUCAUGCGAGACUCCUGCAUUCCUCACUCUAAAUAAAGCGCACGUACCUCAAAGUUCCUACAUGACUUUACCACUCAUAAGUUGAAAUAAUCAAAUGUGUUGAAUAAACAAAAUGUUUAAAUCAAA